AUGGCUGCAAGCAGUUGCAUAAAGUGCAGAACCCAGCGAAGUUGUUCCUUCUUCUAUGAAGUGGAGCCUGGAAAUGAGGGAGAAACUCCCAUUGUUCUGAGCCACAUUGUGUACGAGAGGAUGAAAAAGAGGUACCCAGAAUUUGUUGACAAAUUGGAGGAGCAUGGCUUGAUAUAUAACCGGGUUUUAGGCGAAGACGACGAUCCUCCUUCUCCAAUUGGCUGUGGCUGGAAGGAGCAUGGCCUAUUGGGAUUUGCUUUGUUAGUGCUAAGAAUGUACGGUAUUGAUGAGGAUGAUGAUGAUGAAGUCUUCUUACAUGAGGUUGACAUGGAUGAUGAGUCAGGUGGACCAAAUGCUGAACAAUCAGUACCAAAGCUUCAGAUGUGGGAGACUUUGUGGAUAAUGAAGACAUGUUUGCAAUUAAUGAAGAGGAUGAGCAACACCUUAAGAAAGCACCACAAUCAGAUGAGGAGAGCACUGUUUGCAAAUAGUGUUAGCUUCAGAAAUGCUCUCAAAGCCAUUUCAAUAAAAGAAGGAUGGGAGAUAUGUUGGAUGAAGUUUGAGAAGUAUAUGAUUAUGGCAAUUUGUGCAUCUGAGAACUGUUCUUUUGAUAUUUAUGUAUCCAAUAUGCAACAUGAAGACACACUACAGAUAAAUCCUGGAACAUGUUGGUCCGUCGCAAAUCUCGCGGCUUGGUGCUCCAGGCCGAGGGGAUCUGCAUCUACACAUGACGUCCUCCUUUUGGAUGCGGUGCGGUUGUGCGCAGGCGUGCCAGCACGGUCUACCGUGCAUCAAGGUGAUGAUGAGGUUCGGGUAGAAGAUGGUUUAAAUGUUGCGCCUGUUUUGCGUUCGACUCCUAAUCAAACAAUUGUGACCGAGUGA